AUGCUGAGCUCGAUGUUCUCCGGCCGCAUGGAAGUUGAAAAAGACGAAGACGGGUACCAUCUUGUUGAUCGAAAUGGGGCAUAUUUUGCUUACAUACUCGAUUUUCUUCGCGAUUCGAAAAUCGUCCUUCCACAAGACCCAGCAGAGAUCAAGCAAAUUUUAAAGGAAGCUAACUUUUUCGCCGUACAGGAGUUAAUUGAAGCCUGCCAUGAAAGUCUCAACAAACUCCGACCGCCCAAGGAAGACCAAAUUACCCCUAUUUGCCAAGUUCCGAUUGUCACAUCGCCGUUUGAAGAGCAAAAGAUCAUCAAGCAAUCAGAAAAACCAGUUGUCAAGCUUCUGUACAACCGUGGCAACAACAAGUAUUCUUACACAAACUCUUCCGAUGAUCACAUGCUUAGAAAUAUCGAGCUUUUUGAUAAACUGGCGCUAAAUUUCACAAAUCGAAUAAAGUUCAUCCGCGACGUCGUCGGAGAAGACAUUUGCGUCUGGAGUUUUUACGGCCACGGGCGAAAGAUAUCAGAAAUCUGCUGUACGAGCAUCGUCUACGCGACGGAAAAGAAACAAACGAAGGUAGAGUUUCCCGAAGCGCGUAUUUACGAAGAAACUUUGAAUAUUCUUCUUUAUGAAGGAAAAGGGCGUCCGCAGAUGGAAGAGUUGGAAAAGGACGUAUCAAGUGGGGAAUUUGUUCCGAGAGUGCGACGCAUCCACGCUGGAACAGGAAAUCCUCAGCAGCAGCUUGGGAAUAGAUAG